AUUGUUAAUAAACAAAAAAGAAAGACCAACAAAAUUGACAAAAGUGAUUUUGUGGUACGAACGAAUUUAAAUCAAGAAAUAUAUAAACUAUUCGUAAUUUUUAGAACAUAUGAAUUGAGUUAUUUUAAUAUUUGAUUGUGACGCUGAAAUUAAAUUUGUGGCCAUGGAUGAUAGAGCGAAUAUUCUAAAGCAAAUGAAAGUAUGCAGAUUUUGUCUAUCAGAUGUGGAAAACGAUUUAACUAGUAUUCAUGAAAGGCUUAACAAAAACUCUGUAAAUAUUCCAUUGCCGUCUCUCCCUCUUCAAAUAAUGGCAUGCAUAGCCAUAGAAGUGGUGAAAAAUGAUAAUAUGCCACAAUACAUUUGCAAUAGUUGCCGUGAAUUGACUACUCAAGCUUAUAUUUUCAAAACAAACUGUAAAAAAGCAGAUGAUGCUCUAAAAUUGUUUCUCGUUACUGGACAACUCUCUAAGCCAUAUAUGCAAAAUGUAGUACAGAUAAGAGUCCACCCAGCUGCUGAAAAGACCAUCACAGUAGUACAUCAUGAUGAUGAUACUGAAAAAUCACAGACAUCACCUUCUAGAAUAGUCGAAGAAGAAAGUCAGAUGGACUUUGAAGAAAUCGAAGAUAAUGAAGAAGAGGAUAAAGAAACACCCAUUGUUGAAGUAUUAAAAAGAAAUAAAACAUCUGCAGAACCUAAAGUAAAAACUCACUGCUAUUCUUGUUCAGAAUGUGAUAGGUCUUUUCCACUGAAACAGCUUCUUGAUAUUCAUGUCAAAAACCAUUCUAGAGAGCGUAACUAUGAAUGUGAUGUCUGUCAGAGUAAAUUCUACACUAAAUAUGAUCUCCAGAAACAUGUUCUUACUCAUAAUCCCAACAAAGAAUUUGAAUGUGUGGUUUGUCAGAAAUCUUUUGCACGAGAACCAAUGUUAAGAAGGCAUGAGAAGAUUCAUAUAGAUGCACCCAAAUAUGUUUGUAUAGAGUGUGACAAGACAUUUUUGACCAAGGAAUAUUUGGAAUUUCACCUUCAAAAGCACAAUAAGAAGAAGCCAUUUACUUGUAAUAUAUGCAACAAGAGUUUUGUUUUUAAACAGGGUUUGGAACGUCACGAAAUAGUCCACAGCGAAAACAAGCCGUACAAAUGCAAUUAUUGUGAGGCAAGUUUUACUUCUGCCAUCAAACUAACCAGGCACAUUACUUCUCAUGCCGGAUUGCGUCCUUAUCCCUGCAAACUUUGCGGAAGGACCUUUUUAUUAAGUCACCACUUAACCAGACACAUGCGCAGUCACUACGCAUCAAAAACGUCAAUCGAUCAAGUAGGUCAGCACAAAUGUGACAUUUGUAGCAUGUCAUUUAGAAAGAAGGAUUCUUUAAUCAAUCACAGUGUUAUUCACUCAAUGGUGAAUUUGAAAUGCGUUAUUUGUAAUACUACGUUCGACUCGGCCAGCAAUGUAAAAGAGCAUAUUACUACACAUUUGACAGGUUUGCCUUUCCCAUGUGAAAAAUGCGACUACAGUUUUGAAACCUCAGAGCAAUUAGAAGAACAUGAAUUGAAGCAUGCUGAAAUGGAAUAUGAAGAUCAAAUUGAAAAAGAGGUGUUCUCAGAAUCACUAAAUCAGCUGGAUUCUGAAGAAGAUGAAGUGGAAGAGGGAGAAGUUAGAGAGUAUACCAUAGUAGAUGUUAAUAAUCCAGAAUCUGGACUAAAAAGCAACCAGGAAGAACCCGAAGAAAUGGAUGAACGUGCAGUCAUCAAAGAUUUUCGGGACAAUUUCUCAUCAAGGGUAGAAUUUUUGAAAGAUGAAAUUGAUAGUGAAUCAGAACAGGCGGAAGAAAACGCGGAAGUGGUUGGCGUUGAAGAGGAAGAAGAUGAGGACGAAGGGGAAGAAGAAGAAGAAGAAGAAGAAGAUGAAGUUGAAAUUACAGAAAUUCAAUCCAUCAAACCCAUCGUCCGACAAGAAGGGACCAAAGUGUACGAGAGAAAAAAUAUUCCCAGUACUAAACCAGUACCAGUAGCAGAAAUCAGAAUGAGUUCUUUAAACGAGCAACAGCAACAAACGACAUUACCACUCAAUACUGAAGCAAGCAGCCUAAAAAAAGUCGGCGAUAAAAUGGUAAAAGUGAAAAAAUUCAUUCUUACCAAAGACGAGAUGAAAGCAAUGGCCAAAAAAGGUAUCUUAGAAGUCAGGAACGGACAGGUUGUAUUGAAGAGCGGAGGCCAUCAAAUUCUGAACGCUACUAUGAAACCUAUGCAGAAAAAUGAAAUUGAUUCUCUGUUGGAUAAGAGGCACCAUGCUGGAAAUAAGUUACAGAUCAAGAGAUACGAGAAGAAGGUGCCAGGACAAGAUACGUAAACAUUUGUAGUUAUUAGUUUGUAUUAUUUAAGGUAGAAAAAAUGAUUAGAAAUUUAAAAUCUGUUUAGCAGUUUUCUAAAAUAAUUAUUGUACUUCAUUUGUACAUUUUGAAGGUUUCUUUUGUUGAUUUAUCAUAAUUACAUUUUUACCGUCAACAUAUAUUUAGGGUGUCUUUUUUAUAAAUACAUAAAUUGUA